GUCAUAAUGACGCCGCACGAGCUGGACUUUGAACCAAGGAUCAUCAAAGUGUCUUCAGUUAAAGAUUAAACCGAUCUCCAGGAAAUAACCUGAUCCCACUCAGUCGAUUCUUGGUUUAUUGAAUUUUUUCGCCAUGGGAAAAGUUUCUGCCGUGUUUUCUUGUUUAUUGUUGACCUUCGGCGGCGUGACGUCACAAACAGCUGAUGGACGCGCACUGCCUCAGUGGCUCACCGGCAUCAUCGCCGUUGUUGGUUUCCUCUUCCUGACCUUCAUCGCCUUCCUGGUGAACAAGGCCUGGUGUGCUGGGUCCAGAACCUCAGAGGAGGCAGUGAUGGAUAUGGAGGACAUCUCGCACAAUGCGGUCAGGAGCAAAGACUCCGUCUACAACACGGUGAUUGACAGCUCUGUGGAGAAAGCCACGGCCAUGUGACCCUGCUGCACGGACGCCAUUGGCUGCCCGUUCUUCCUCUUAACUUUUUAGUUAAUUGUUAAAAUGAGUUUCCUAAAUGUUUGUACCAUCAAAUGCAGCUAAUUUCUACUAACAGCAUCUUGUAUCUUCACUUCAUUUAAGUCUGAUUUUUAAUGUCUAAUUAUACUAAAUGUCAGUUAAGUGAGAUUAAAUUCAUUUUCUUAUAAGUGUCUGAUUA